AUGUCGGUUCAAGUCUGCUUGCGUCUUCUUCCGAGUGCCCGCUGCCUUUUUGACGAGCCCGUCUAUGUGAAGGUGGGCGGUCUGGGGUCCAGUCAGGUGGUCACCCUGAGGGCCCAGGCCACCGACGAGCGAGGGGUGGUCUUCCGCUCGAUGGCCAUCUACCGGGCAGAUGGCAACGGGGAGGUGGACCUCUGCCGGGAUGCCGCCCUGUGUGGCACCUAUGAAGGGGUUGAGCCCAUGGGUCUGCUAUGGUCGAUGCGGGCAGCUGCCCCCCACAAGUACUUCCACUGGACUAAGGCGGUCACUCCUCACAUGGUCAGGUUUUCAGUGCAUGACGGUGUGGAUAUGGAGGAGGAGGAGCAGGGGGGUGCUCUGGCGGAGGCUACCAACGAGAGGGUCCUAAUGGCAGAGGGCGUCACACGGGAGGUCGUCAGCCUCGGGAGGUGCAGCGCAGUGUUGUUUACACCACCAGGUGAAGGCUUGUUCCCGGGAGUGCUGGAUUUGUCCUCUUUCGCGUCGGAGAAGCGACCCAGCCUCUUGGCCAAUAAAGGUUUCGUAGUUCUGAGUGUGGGGCUUUUCUAUGACAAACCUGCCAAAGUCAAGCACAUGGAGCUGGACUAUUUAGAGGAAGCUCUUCGUCUUUUACAGCAACACCCCAAGGUGGGCAGUGAUGGUUUGGGUGUGAUUGGGCGAUCCAAAGCGGGUGACAUCGCCCUAUCCCUGGCAUCCUUCGUGCCAGGCGUGCGAGCAUUGGUGUGGAUAAAUGCCUGCAGCGCCAACAUAGGAGUCCCCCUACACUACCGCGGCCAAAGGGUCCUCUCCCCGUUGAGUGUGGACUCAAGCAAGAUAAUACCCACUUCGGAUGGUGCCAACAUUAUCAAAUUUGGCACCGGUGACCCCAAUGACAAAGCGAACAGGAGCAGCCGUAUCCCCGUGGAGAAAGCCAACGCACACUUCCUAUUCCUGGCUUCUGAGGAUGACCUCAACUACAAUAGCCGGGCCUACAUGGAGAGCCUGGCAGCCAGACUAAGGCAAGCUGGGAAUAACAACAUAGAGAGUGUAUGCUACCCGCGGGCUGGACACCUCUUGGAGCCACCCUAUGGGCCGUACUGCCAUUCCGGUCUGCACGGGUUUCUGCGCAUCCCCGUCAAGUGGGGUGGCGAGCCAAGGGCUCACGCCUGUGCCGAGGUGCUCGCCUGGAGGAAAAUGGAGGAGUUCUUGAGAAGCCGACUAAACUGCCAACACGCCGAGACAAAAGCGAAAUUGUAA